AUGUGCAGCCUCAUUGCCAAAAAUUAUGAGUUUUACUCCUGGAUUCCUACUUAUAAUAUAUUCAAUUAUAUUUUUUAGGUUUUGGAUAAACUACAUAUCUCUUAGGCUAUUAUGUUUUGGUUGACUUUUUUAUAGAAUUAUGCUAUUAUUCUUAAAUUCUUAAAAAUUGUAUGA